AUGGGUCAUUUAUGCGGAGACCAUUCCCAAUAGGAUGAUCAAUCACCGGACUUGGGGCAAUGGCGUUGGAUUUCGAGAUGCAGACCGCUUACUCGUGAGAAGAGCUGUGGCGCCUCGAUGAUCCCCCGGUCUCAUCAAACUUUCUUUUCUCCCUGAACGGAAAUACUCCGACCCCCACGCAACGCGGAUUCUGGCACAAUUGGAUCCAACGGAUGAAGGGAGCGGCAGAAGGUGCAGGCUAGAAAGAGUCGGGGUGGAAUUUGUAGACCCUGGAUUGGUGGAGAAGGCCCCCCUCAUUCGUGUCUGACUCCAUUCCCCCGGCCUUUCUCCGCACUUUCCACUGCGACCAUGCUCCACUCGCACGCUCAACGACGACACGGAAUCAGGUUGACCCAAUCAAAGAUGGCACGAGCUGCGUUUUGACUCUUUGUGGUGCCCACUCUCGUCUUUCUUCCAGAGCAGCUUGAUAGUCAUCCAAAUAAGGGAGGAGGAAACGGUCAUGCUGAUGUUCCAUGAUCCAGGUCUGUUGUGCCACUCUUUCGCUCAAAAGUUCGGGUAUAAAGUCCGCCUGCCCGGGACAUUGAUCUGCAUUCUUGAUCCAUCAUCAUCCUUGUCUCCUUUUUCACUUUUACUCUUAUCACCCAGUCCCGGCACCAAGUUACGAUGGCCGACCUCACCGCCGAGAAGGCGAACCUUGCUCACGAUGAGGAGAUGAAUGCCAUCGGGGAGCUCACGCCCGAGGAGAAGGUCAUUGAGAAGAAGCUACGCCGGCGCAUUGAUAGUAUCAUCAUGCCACUCGUGAUUCUCGUCUAUCUGAUGAAUUACAUCGACCGGAAUAACUACGCCGCUGCUAAACUGCAGGGGCUCGAGCAAGACCUGAAUCUCAACGAUCAGCAGUACCAAACUGGCCUUUCUAUUCUGUUUGUGGGCUACAUUCUCAUGCAAGUUCCUUCGAAUCUGCUCCUCAACUAUAUGGGCCGGCCAAGUUUCUAUCUCGGCGGCUGUACCGUCGCCUGGGGCCUGGUGUCGGCUGUGACGAGCCAAGUCACCAGCUAUGGUGGUAUUGUGGCCUGUCGGUUUAUCCUCGGUCUGGUCGAAGCCCCGUUCUUUGCCGGUGUGCUCUUUUACCUGUCCAAGUGGUAUACCAAGAGUGAGCUUGCCCUUCGCAUGAGUAUCUUCUACUCUGGCUCCCUUCUCUCUGGCGCCUUUGGCAACUUAAUCGCUGCUGGAAUCUUGGACGGCAUGGCAGGCGCCCGUGGCCUCUCUCCCUGGCAGUGGCUGUACAUCAUUGAAGGUGCAAUCACAGUAUUCGUUGGCCUCGUUGUUUGUGUGCUUCUCCCAGACUUCCCGGAGAACUGGCGCCGCCUCCCCGAGGAGAUGCGACAUGUUGCGAUAAAGCGUCUAGCAGUCGAGGCCCGCCAAUCCGACGUCGAUGCGGGCACUGGUAUGAGCCAGAUGACAGGCCUAAAGCUCGCCUUCAAGGACCCCAAGACUUACGCGCUCGCCAUCGCCUACAUGUGCAUUACCGGCGCCAGUGGCUUCCAGAACUUCUUCCCCUCCCUCACCGCAACGCUUGGGUACAGCCGGACAAUUUCCCUCCUCCUCGUUGCUCCGCCCUACAUCUUCAUGGUCUUCUACUCGAUGGCGCACUCGUACCUAUCCGAUCGUUUCGGAAAGCGCUUUUGGUUCUUCAUCUACCCGAUCCCAAUCACCAUCGUCGGCUUCGUCAUCUUUCUCUCAACCGACGUCUUUGGCGCGCGCUACUUCUCUUUCUUCCUCAUGAUCUUCGUCUUUGCGCAGAACGGAACCGUCUACUCGUGGAUCGCGGGUGCUAUUCCCCGACCCCCCGCCAAGCGCGCCGCCGCCUACGCCUUUAUCAACUCCGUUGGCAACUCGGCUAGUAUCUGGACGCCGUUUACCUAUCGCGAAAAGGACGUGCCAUACUACCGCCCUGCGAUGGGCGUAUGCAUUGGCCUGCAAGUCGUCGGAGCUCUCAUGGCUGUCUAUAUGUACUUCCACCUGACUUCGCUAAACAAGCGCCAGGAGCGAUUCGAGGAUGAGAACGCGACUCUCACAGAGAAGGACCAGAAGGUAUUGCAGGAAAUUGCCGAGCAGGAGGGGAUUGACGUUGCUGCUGCUCGCCAGCACCAGAGGGGAUUUAGAUAUGUUAUCUAG